CGAAGGGUGGCUGUCUAACAGGUCAUCUGCCUGCUUUUCAUACCACAAGUCAGCAAGUCGCGCACUUACACCCUAGGAUCUGAUGUACGUGCCCACCGCCAAAGUCAAACCCUUUGGUUGACAUCUUGUUUGGACUUCCCUCAGACAAUGAUAACUAAAGAACGAGUGAAUGUUUCAGGCACUAUCGCACUCAAAUCGCAGGAUGGAAGAUACAUGAAGGUCUUUAACGAAGAUGGUCUUCGAUUCCAUGAUGACACGCUAGAUGAUGAUGCAAAAUUCACCGUGACAAAACUAAAGAAUGGCAACAUAAGUUUGAAAGGUCCCAAUGGAAAGAUCGUGAAUAUGUAUUAUGUCAGUGAUGUCAAGUGUGCGGGGCCCCACGGAGGCGUUGAAUUUGGAGUGAUACAAUCGGGAGGCAACUGGAUCAAAUUGACUAUCUCCGGAUAUCAGGGUAUGGGCUCGAGGUGCAAAUUUUUGUCAAGUAUUCCUGGACACAAAGCCUACCAUGGUUCGCUCGCUGUUAAGGAGAAUGAGGACUAUUCUUGCUACUUUUCCGUCGAGAAGCUGGACUAGCUUUCUAUGUUUACGGUCCAAUACGCCACUCACCUAACAUAUAUGUUCCCCCUGUAUGAUCUUGCAGAAUGAAACAGAAG